AUGGAGAAGGUUUCAGCAGCUUGCGCCAUGGAUUGGAGCAUCAAGCUCGAGAAAGCCCUCCGUUCUAAAAACCCAGUUAGAGCUGUUGAAGUCAUCUUGGAGACUGGUGAGAAGCUUAAACAGUGGAGCAAAGAACCAGAACCUGGAACUGCUGUUUACAGUUUAUUUGGUUUGGUUCCUGAAGAAGAUAGGCUUUUUUACAAUACUAUCCUACUGCGGCUAGUUGAUGCGUUUUGCUUUGGAGAUAAGGUUGUUAAGGUUGCUGUUGUUCGGGUGUUUAUGUCUAUGUUCAAGCUAAGCCGAGGGAAGAGUAAAAGCGAAUGCGAAAGUUGGUUUUUGUCAAAGGCUAAGGUGUAUAACCACUUGGAAAUGCUUAAACGAGUGAAGAGUGUUUAUGACAAGGGUGAUGCCGAGGCAAAAGCUUUGGCUUUGAUUCUGUUUGGUUGUUGGAGAGAUUUCGCUAACGAGUUUGCUCCAGUACGGUACUUAGUUUUCACCAGUAUGGUUUCUUCAAAUGAUCUUGAGGUACGAGCAUCUCUGUUUGCUGCAGGUUACUUCUGUGAAGUAGCAGAUGACUUUGCAUUGGUUGUUUUGGGCAUGUUAAAUGACAUGGUGAAGUUCCCGGAAUUAUUGCCAAAGACCAGGUUAGCUGCUGUGCGAGUAUUUGCAAAAAUGGGAUGCUCACAUGCAAUUUCUAGUAGAGCGUUCAAGAUAUGUAUGACGCUAAUGUUGGAGUUCUCAAAAGAAGACAGUUUGGUUCCAUUUCUGGUUUCCUUGACUAAGCUUGCUUCAAAAUCUACUCAACUUUCUUCUGAACUGGCAGAGGUUAUCAUGCCAUUUCUGGGUGAAGAUAAGAGCUCUCAUGUUCGAGCUGCGGUACUACGAUGUCUCGACUUUCUCAUUAAAAGAGGGAUGUGCUUCUCUCUUGUCCAUGAAAGCAAAACUGCAAAUUUUUACAGCUUACUUAAACAAGCAGAGCUCUCACCAGAUAUGCAGCUCAAAGCUCUUCAAAUUUUUCAAAAGAUACUUGUCUACAAAAUAUGUUCGGCUGAUGCGUCUGAAUAUCAUCAGCUCAUAGCUAUUGCUGAGAAUGCAUCUCAUUCUCAGAUCUUCUCAAGCAACUCUUUAGCUAUCAGUAUUUUGGUGGGUAUCUGGAAAGAAAUAGUUCGGACAGCAGAAGUAAGAUCAAUUGAUGUAUCUUCAACAUCCCUUCCUCUGCAGCUCGUUGUAUUAGUCAUGGACAGGCUUACCUUACUGGCAAGAUUGUGUUCUGAUCCCUGUCAAGAGGACUUUGCACUAGUUGGUGAGGUUCAGGACCUCUUCAAUGUUCUCCACCUAUUAGUUGGAAAACAUUCUGAAGUGAGGCUGCUAGUGCUUGAUAAAGUCAGAUUAUUCCUAGAUUACAUUGUGAACUUAACUGAUGGCCUCAGAAAAUCAGAUGGAGCUCAUGAACUACUGUUUGGUGUUAUCAGUUAUAAAAGUAAAAGAGGGGUGGUCGUGAGGUCAGAGGUUUUAGCAUCAAUACACAAGUUCCUGAUAGUGUUUUUGGAGAAUCUCGAGGGUGAUAAAACUGUUCUGUUUCAAGUUUAUGAAAAGGUGAAGUGUAUCACUGAGUGUGUGCGUUCGUGUACCUUCUUUGAUUCUCACACACAAUUGAUAUUUGCUUUGCUAUUACACUCACCAAUUCUUUGGGGAUUUCCUGUGAAUGAGAUAGGAACCAAUGAUGAUGCAGGCGUCUCACUUGUUGCUGAUAUAUAUAACUAUGGAAUCGUUUCUCUUGAAUGUUCGACUCAUAUUUUAGCAGAGAAAAACUACUGGCCUGCUUAUAGAGCUGGAGUUUACGCAGCACGUUUGGGUGCAUGGGUCACAUCUGCCUUGAUUUUUGACAAGCUAAAGACCAACGUCCAGUCUGAUAUUAACUCUUUCUGGUUAAAGUCAUUAACCUAUUUAUCUCAUGCUGAAGGGAAACUGCAAUUGCUUCUCAUGCCAAGUGAUAGUGUCAAGUUAGUCAAUUGGUUGAGAAGCAACAGUUAUUUACUAGAACUCUCAAAAGAUGCAUCUGGAGAGUUUGCCCACUGCGUAGCUCUUCAUGAAGCAUAUAUGAAUUUACAAUCGUCUCUGGGAAUGUUGGGUAAUAUGAGUGAAGUGUUCUGUUUCCAAACUUGGUUCUUGGUUCUAAAGACACGGGUGUUUGAAACUGUGAUUGAUCUCGUUGAAUGCUUCGGACUGCUUAACCAAGAUAUCGGCAACAAGAAGCAGGUGGAGGGAAAGAUUUUGACUGGUUGUAAUUCUCUGCAAGAGCUUCCUCGUAUCUGUAAUCAGCUUCAAAAGUUGGCGAAGGAGUUUGAUAUGUUAGCGACGUGUUUUAUUGACAUAGACUGUAGCAGCUCUAGUAUCAUCACAACUCUUUCACUGAGCUGUUCAGUUCUGGCUUUUGCUACUGGAGUUGUUCUUUUCCUUCCUGGUUUUCCUUUUCAUGAAAGUUUGCCUUCUUUCACUUCACCAAGUGGUGUUUGCUCGAGGCUUGUACAAGAUUUAGUUCAAAGGCUGUGGAAGGUGGAUCCUAAAAUCUGCGAAGUGCUUAGUAUACUCGUGAAGGAAAACGAAUCACUAGGCUGUUCCCACCUACAGCCUAGGAAUCAAGUACUGAGAGUCUGUAACAAAGUGAACAUGCUGCUCGCUAUUUGCAGAGAUGCUCUUGCAUGCAUUCAUGGACUGCAGAAUUACUCAAAUUCAAUCCACAAAGAGAACAUUAUAUCUGAGAUCACUAAGAGUUGCCGGAAUCUCCUUUCACAAGCAAUUAUGAAAUGGAUGCAGAUUCCUUUUGGCAUUCCAAAGUAUUUCUUUAAUAUAAGGCCUUGUGUUGGUACUGAGCUAUUUGCUCUAAGUUCAGACAGAAGCAAGAGUACUCCUGAUACAGUUACAGUGGAACAAGGCUUUCAACUGUCUCUGGAUCUUUGUCUUCAGUUGAAAAACAUACAACAGCCGAGAGUCCCUGUUCGACUAACCAAACUGUAUUGCCUCCUCUACACUAAACUAGCGUAUCACACCCCUACUCAACUCGGUGAAACCAAAAGAAACCAGAAGUCUUAUACCCCUUGGAGAGAUGAAGAUCUGGUGGAAAUGAGUAACAAGCUGUUUCAUCAUGCUGUUACAAAGUCUAGUAAGAAACCGGAAGUUUCAGGUCGAUUUGAUUGGAGCAGUGGUGUUUCUGCGGUUGUGCAGUUCGAACCAAAUGAGAGAGGACAAGGGUUUUCGAGUUGCUUGCUAGAUGUUUCGCGUUUCCCAGUUGGUUCGUAUCAGAUAAAAUGGUUAAGCUGUUGUAUUGAUCAGCACGGUUCUUACUGGAAUCUUCUACCUCUCAAUGGCAAACCUGUGUUUACCGUUAAGAAAGCUUCAUGACGAGAAUCUAAAACCAAGUGUUCACAGGUCCUAGUUUUGGUAUGGCGAAAGAUUAAAGAGCCAAGGAGAAUAUGGUUUGGGAGGAAGCAAAGAUAGAAAGAGAGACAUUGGCUUGGUGUAGAAGCUCAAGACUAGUCUCGAGAUUUGCAGCUGCAAUAUGAUUUUUGAGUAACUAAUUGGAAAUCGUUCUCAGGUCUGGUCAAUGUGCAUCCAAGGAUUUUGGACAUGGACCAUUUUGUUAAUGGUUUUGGUUCUGAGAAUACUAAACAUAAGAGCGUAAAGACACCAUAGAGGCAUAGAAUCUCAAAUGUUUAAUUAUCAAGCCGUCAGAGAACUAAACAAUGAUUAUAGAGGGUUUUAGCUUUUAAGGGUGGUAAUUAUGUUGUUGAUUAUGGUAUGUAUUUCGAUUGUAGGCUGGAAUCCAUCUUGAUAUUGUAAUUAGCUAGACACCUAUGUGCUAGUAAACAUAUUUUGAAUAAACCGAGGAUCCAAC